GAGGAGGAGUAUGGUAUUCUAGACGAACUGGCAGAACCAACGCUGCCUGUUAAGUACCCUCGAACUCCAGGCUGGCGUCCUAAGCCCGAGGAUAACCCUUUUAAUGGCUGGUACUGGCGUACGGAUAUUCAAGGUGCCCCCUCUGGGAAGUUGGCUGGGAAAACCCUGGGUAUCAAAGACAACACGGCGGUGGCUGGGGUACCUAUGAUGAACGGGUCCAGGGUGUUGGAGGGCUACAUGCCAGAGUUUGAUGCCACUGUGGUCACUAGGAUACUGGACGCAGGUGGACGAAUUCUCGGAAAGACCGCAGUUGAAGAUCUGUGUAUCAGUGGCAGCAGUUUUACCAGCAGCAAAAUGCCAGUGUUGAAUCCUUACGACGCCACGCUAUCAACGGCGGGUUCCAGCGCCGGUAGUGGUGCCUUGGUUGCAGGAGGCCAAAUUGACAUGGCUCUUGGUGGCGACCAAGGUGGAUCUAUUCGAUUGCCCGCCUCGUGGUGUGGUAUUGUGGGGUUAAAACCCACUUGGGGUUUGGUUCCGUACACCGGCAUUUCAGUUAUACACCCCUGUAUUGACCAUACAGGCCCCAUGACCCGAACUGUGGAAGACUGCGCCCUAAUGUUAGAGGUGAUCGCUGGAUACGAUGACGGCCUUGACCCCAGACAGCCGCCAAACAUCGUAGUGCCCGAAUAUUCAAAACUGCUGAAUGCAGAACUUACAGGCAUGAAAGUGGGCGUGGUCAAAGAAGGGUUCGACAAAUGCCAAAAUACUGCCGUUGAUUCCACCAUUCGGUCAGCCAUGAAUUACUUUAAAUCAGCCGGUGCCAGUGUGGAAGACGUCAGCAUCCCCAUGCAUAUUACUGGUCGGAAUAUCGCUGCACCAAUUAUAUUUGAAGGGUGCUAUGAAACCAUGGUGCAGGGGGGCGCUGUUGCCUUCGGAUUCCCUGGCUUUUAUCCGACUACCAUGCAACAGGCCACAGCUCGGGGGAUAAGAACCCAUCUCAGUGAUGUAUCUGAUACACUGAAAAUGGCUGCCUUGCUCGGAGAGUAUACCAAACAACGCUACAACCACAUCCACUAUGCUAGAGCCAUGAACUGCGCACGACUGCUGCGGAAGGCCUAUGACGACGCUCUCGCCAACUAUGACGUACUCGUCAUGCCGACCAUCCAAAAGCUGCCUCAGAAGCUACCAGCGAAAGGAUCGAGUAUUAAAGAAAAAAUCGAAAAAUCUAAUGAGACGCUGUCGAACACGGCCCAGUUUGACGUCACCCAUCACCCGGCCCUCAGUAUCAAUGCGGGGUUUGCAGAUGGACUUCCGGUUGGCCUCAUGAUCGUCGGGAAACACUUUGAUGAAACCACCGUGCUGAAGGCUGCCUACGGCUUCGAGAAAAAACGAGAUGAGAAAUGAUUUAUCGUGUAAUUCAAAGUUGGUCACGAGGAUUCGUCGACUUCUGUAAAUGUUGACUUUUUCAGAUAAUGAAAAUUAAAUAUAGAAAUAUUCAGAUUUUUAUAUACUGCAAAUAUGUUAAUCAGGCGCAGGUGAAAUGGGUAGGCCAGUCCUACAACGCUAUGGACAGUUAUCCUUGCCUUGGCCACAAAAUAUUCAUUGUAACCUUGUGGUAGCUGGAGUAUUAUACCUGUAACAUAGAAAUCACACUGUAGCUGAUAUUUUUGGAGCAACAAUUCCGUGCCUAUCAAAAUUCUGAGGUACGAUUUCAAGGAUUAAGAAUACGCGCAGCAAACUAUAGAAAGUUGGUUUAAGUUUGCGUGAAUAUUGUAUUUCAUUAAUAUAUUUGUUAAUUUCUACAUAAGUUGGAACAACCGAUUCAUAUUUGUUGUACAAUAGUUUAAGCACCAGCUUUAUUCUUACACAUAAUACAAGCUGGGCUGUUAGCCCAUGUUAGCACCUCGGUUGCAAAAAAUAUGCAUCCGAACAUGAACGAAUGCUAUUUCACUCUGAAGAUGAAAGAGACUGACAAGACUGUAGCAUGAUUUCAUCUGAUAUAACAGCGCAGAGUUCCAACGAAAAUUAUUGCACAUUAUUGACGUCAUAACUUAGGUGGUGGCAUCUGGCGGAGGCUAGGUUUUGCCGACUGUUGAUAACAGUUAAAAUACAUGCUCACAACAUACUCCCCAAAAUCAAAUGAAAAAUUGACUGGUCACGGCGUCUCUCUGUCGUGAAUGGCCAUUUAUCGCUUAUAAAAUAAGGAAAGACGUAACCGGAGUUUGUUUUCAAACUAAAAUGUGCCUUCAGGCGUUUGAAAAUAUCCUCUAUUCAGUGAUAUAAUGCAAAGCUUCUUAUCUGUCGCAACUGAGGCAUUUAACUGUACCAAAUGAAAGCUUAUCUGUAACUGAUGUUUGUCUUGGAACGCUGUCAUGGAACAUCUAGCAGUAAAAAACUGUUUUAAGCAAACCGAAUAAGUACAUUUUGUUUUUAUAACAUUUUCCAAAAUUACAUAACUGAACUGAGAAGAAUUCCACGCUUUCCUGCAGGGGAUUCCUCCAAGUCACCUCCUCCUGUGGUGACACUGUUGUAAUGAGGUUGUUAAAUUUUAGGUGUACGCAGUAUCCCUGUCGACGUGAUCUCCUCACGCACUUUUAUAAAAACAGUAGUAAGAGUCAUGUCAUAAGACAGAGCUGGAUAAAUAUACAUUUACCCUUCUCAUGCUGUAUAUUUACAUGUAGAUGGCCCUAAAUAUGCAUAUAUGACAUUGAAGUGGAAAAUUAAAUUUCCACGUCUCCCAUUUCCUUUUGCACUGUGAAACACUGGAAACCAACCCCCAC